CGCCCCUUCCGGUCUGCCGGAUUAUGAAUGACGUGGGGCGGGGGAACUUCCAGACACAUUGCCUCUACUUUAUUUUCGUCCCCUUCCCCUGGUCAGACCCUCGCUGAAGGCGAGUGCUCCUCCUCAGGCCGCGGCUUCCAGAAGUAGCCUCGGAAUCCCGGCUCGAGCUGGGCGGGAAGGCGCGGUGGCCCGCGUCGCCCGCAUGCUCCCGCGCCCUCCCUGCCUGGCCGCGCCCCUGCGACCAGGCAACCCAAUGACAACAGAAAAUGAAAGGCAUUAAAAAAAGCCCUACAGAAGAAUCUCUGUACCUGGAGUACUCUCACCAGACAGAAGGAUGCAUCUUUCCCCUCCAUACAUCUGUAACCUUGUUUUUAUUAUCAUACUGUGAAUGCAAGGUCUUCAACAUUUGCUUAGUCCUUACCGAAGAAAGUACAGAUACUUCAUUCCUAAAAGAGGCACUGCCCCAGGACAUGGAAAUACAGGUCAUUUCAAAGCAGGAGCUCCCUCCGAUAGUCCAGAAUUGUUGCUUGCCUGCCGUGGUCGAUCAAACUGACAUUUUUUGUAGAGCAGGACUUGCUGUUGUCCUAAGACACAUAAUCCAAAAAUCCUAUGAAGCUGAGCCCUCAAGAAAAGAAAUUUUGGAACUUCUGGGUUUUAAAAAGACUUGUUUGAAAGCCUGUGCUGAAGUUAGUCAGUGGACCAGGCUGUGUGAACUCACCAUCCCUUUGGCUGUUGAGAAUUUUCUCCAAGAGUCCUCUGACCAGCCCCCAACUAUCCCUGAAGAAAUACUAGAGCUGGAGAGAAAGCUCAGCGAGCCUGUCAGAGUACACAAUGAUGACAAACUCCGAAGACAGAAGCUGAAGCAACAGAAGGCUGCUGGCAGUGAGCCUCCCUCUGGUAAGGGAAAAGCGAAGAGCAAGGCGAGUGCAAAGAAGACACCCAAAGACGUGGCUGGUUCCUCCAAGAAUCUAGAACUGAAGGUGGCGUUCUCAAAGCUCACAGUACAAGAAGAUGCAGCUGCUACCCACAGGGAGCCUUCUCACGUCAGGAAAGCCAAAGCGGCUGACCUUCCGCCCCUGGAGCACGUGUUUGCAGAAGGGCUCUACUUCACCUUGGCAGACAUCGUGCUUUUGCCCUGCAUUCACCACUUUUUGGUAAUUAUUUGCAAGAAAUUUUCAGAGAAGCUGGAACAGUUUCCACUGCUAACCUCUUGGUAUCAGAGGAUUCAGGAGGUGCCAAAAGUCAAGACAGCAGCCUCUAAAUGUGGGAUCUACUUUCUGUACUUACCAGAACUGCUGAACUCUGCAAAUAGACAGCCUGUGAAUUCUAAUGAAGUAGCAGCUGUAGAUGAGCAAAGUGAUCCUUUAUUUAUAGGAGGACCAAGACCGACUAUGACCAAGUUGAUGGAAAAAGGCAUUGAAGCGACAUUCUCCCCACACCCUUGUCCUGCUUGGACCCUGGACUGGAGCAGCCUUCCUGUUGCCGUCAGCCCGAAGGAAGGUAAAAUGUCCACUGAUCGAGCUUUGAGGAAGCAGCAACAGUUAAAUAACCUUGUCUAUCUGGUGCUAAAUCAAGCCAAACCUGGUGACAGAAUUGUGGAUUUCUGCAGUGGCGGGGGCCAUGUUGGAAUUGUUCUUGCUCAUAUGCUGCCCUUGUGUCAGGUUACAUUAAUAGAGAACAAGGAAUUAUCAUUAAUCCGUGCUAAGAAGAGAAGUGAUGAACUUGGCUUAUCCAACAUUUGGUUCAUUCAAGCAAAUAUGGAGUAUUUUACAGGAAUGUUUAACAUUGGGGUGGCCCUGCAUGCUUGUGGAGUGGCAACAGACAUGGUGAUCGAGCACUGCAUCCAAACACGAGCCUCCUUCAUCACAUGCCCCUGCUGUUACGGGUUCAUCCAGAACACGUUGAAGUUUAAUUUCCCAAAAAGUGAAAAAUUCAAGAAAACUUUAUCAUACAAGGAACACAUGCUCCUCUGCAGAUUUGCAGAUCAGACAGCUGUCCAGCUUCCACCCCAGCGGAGACUCAUAGGGAAGCAGUGCAUGUGCCUGGUGGAUCUAGACCGAGCAACAGCAGCAGCAGAACACGGCUACUCAGUUCAAGUGAUUUCUAUGGAGCCAGAGAGCUGCUCUCCCAAAAAUAACAUGAUUGUGGGUGUCCCCGUGUAGAAUGGGGGCACUCACACUUGAGGUUUUGCCAUUGGGUGCGUGAGGAAAGCCCGGAGGCGGUCAAGGAGUUGUUGGUGUGUUCCUGGAAGCAACACUGAGCAUCCUGCGCCUGCUGAAAAAGCGAAGAUCUUGGAAGAGGGAUGCUCCAGCUGUGUGCGCAGAACAAUGACUGGCUUCUGAGGGCAAUCCCCAGAGCCUUAGCCGCCAGAGACUUCCUCAGUGGCCAGGUGCCAGGUGUCCCUCAGUGGAACCAUUUCCUCCCAUUCUCCUGAUCGUGUCAGUGGGAUGCUCAACCCAGGCUAUGACCUCACAGUCUUCACUUUAUAAUCUUUAGAUAUUCAUACUUGGUGAUCAGAACUAAAUUCAAGGUGGUUGUGGUUUUUAUAGUUUUAACGAUGUAUCUUUUUUAUAGAUUUUUUUAAAUCUACAAUGGUAAAUUCAGUGUGAUUUUUUUUUCUUUUUUAAAUCUGAGAUUGAUUGACUUUGCAUAUCAUGUACUAUUCUCCUUUUAAAUAUUUGUCCCAUAAAUUAACAAAUAAGUUUACUACUGGUUCGAAGACUUCAUGUGAAAAUUUAUAAGUCAAUUGCACUAAAUUAUAUAUUCUAAAAGUGGGAUUUAGAUAUAAAUUUUAACUAAACAGUAAAUUUAUACUUUGUUUAGUUACAAAAUAUAACUAACAAAUGCUAGGGUCUAUUGUUCUCAAAACCUUGGCCUUGUUUUCUCUGAAAAACACAAGAAUGAAUUAUAUGAGGUAUAUUGUUUUGCCUUCCAAAGGAGAUCGUCUAGAUCAAGAAGAGAAAAACUUGGGGAAAAAACGAACCGUUUCCAUUCUAUAAUCAUGCCAACAUGAACAGCCGUGUGUUUGGGUGUGAGAGUGCGGACCCUGAAAGCCCAUUCGGACACUGCUAGCUGCCUGUGUUUCCUUUCCAGCAGCCAGUUUUUUAAAUUACAGAUACAGACAGCUGUCUCCUGUGUGCUGCUAACUCUAAGUCCUACAGUAUUGGCAUUAAGAUUAAUUACUUUAUCUUGAUGUUUUCAUAUCUAAAGAAAAAAUCUUAGAGUUUCAUCUAGCUGUCGCUAUGCUUUAAAAUGCAUGAAUAAUUCAUAAGGUGAUAUGGAGGGGAACAUUGUUAUUCUAUGAGACGAUUUAAGAUGAGAGACAUCAUGAUACCUAUGUAUUUUAUCCAUCGGUACUGUUAACUACAUCCUGCACCAUUGUUUUAAAUUGAGAUAUGCUUUGAUACAAUAUAAUACAUAGAUUUUUGUAUUCCUAUUUUAUUUAAUUGAAAAAACUUUUCAUACAAUAUAUUGUGGCCGUGGCUCUCC